UUACUGGAAAUAUCUAGAAUAAAUGAGAAAAUGUUGCACUGACUUUUACUAUGCAGAUUUUACUUUCUGGGAGAAAACAAAAACUUCCCUAGUGACUAGAUUUCACUGAGAAAAGGAGCUAAGAUACAGUGGCAUUUUAAGGACCUCUAAUAUGGACAAGUCUGCUGAACUGUAGGCUGACUUAUGACUACAACUAUGCGUUGAAACUGCUCAGGGAACAAAGAAUGGAGGAGUAAGGGCUUUAAACUGGUGAGCAAGCAUUAGCUAGCUCCAUCCCCCCAGCCCUCCUCAUUUACUCCCAGAGGACACAGCUCUGUUAAAUGCUUACUUCACACUUAAAGUUAGAACAGAUGUUUAUGUGACCACAACAGAAGGGAAUCUACAAGAAAGGAAAACAACAGUAGUUCCCAUCAAAAUACACACGAGACAUUGACUAUUUAUUUGUUAACCAAUUGCUGACUUAUAGAUGCUGAACUGUCAACUGAAACAAUUCAGAAAUUCAGGCUUUGCUUCAGAUCCCUCUGCUGUGGUGCACAAGGUAAUGGCUAAAAUAAGUGAGCUUGCACUACCUAAAGACAGUCACAUGCUUUAAGGCAUGCUGACUACUAUGUUUUAGAGAGAGAAGACCAUUUCUGUGCAGGACUCAUUCCUUCAAAGCAUUAUCUAUGCAGUGCUUUAUGCUUACAACCCUCAACCUAUAUCGAAGGCCAUCAUGAUGUUAAUAGUUCACAUCCAAGAGACUUCGUCAGUAACUUUCUUGAAGCAGGGAACAUGCUUUCUAAACGUGUGUGGCACCCAUGCGUCUCAUUGUUAAGAGAUGACAAACACAAUACAACAGAAGACUCCCCUGAAGAGUUUGUAGCCAAAACAAUAGUAUACAUAAAGCUGAGAAAUAAAAACCAACAUUCUUAAACUUACUGUACAAACAAGAAAACGAGGCACUAGAAUAAAAAUCGACAGACCAAAUUCCCAGAGAAAAACUGUGGCAAAGUGCAGGUUGGAAAAUUAUUAGGAACAACCCAUGCAAUUUCUUCACUCUUUCCUAGGCAUCUUCUUAACCACUGUGAGAAACAACACUAAGCUACAUGGGCCUUUGAUUUGGCCUACUACAGCUGUUCUAAUUUUCUUCAAUUCAGCCACAAGCCCUGUCUCAGCCUGUUUCAAUAUCCACUGAAAGCACUUUGCUCUCCUAGGCAAAAAUAUUUUUGGUCUCUGUUUAUUUCUUGUUGUGGGCUUAAUAGAAUUCUCUGUAUCAUACACUGCAGAGGGUCAGUCACACUGAGUUUUGCUACUGUCUUAUACAUGUACACAGCUUAUUGCCUCUGCAGUUUUCACAGGCUCUGAGGCUUGAUCCAGUAGAUAUCCAGAUAGAUAUCAGAGGAACGUAAAAAGAAAAAGAAUCAAGCUGGAAAGAUAUUACUAUCACCACUGCAAACUUUUCCACACAUCACAGAAUGUCACAUCACAAUGCUGGAAAAACACUUCAAGAUUCUACUUUGCCCACUACCUUCAUGCCACGAGGCAGAUGCUUCUAGCUAAUAGAAUGUCAAAUGUUUGCCUCCACACGUAAUAUGCUGGAAUGUGUCACCCGCCUUAAUGGUACAAUAUUAUUCUUGGUCUUUAACCUACAACUCAACAGAAGUCGCUAAAGCAAGGCUUGAAUGUUCAGCUUCUUUGGAAUCCAUUGCAGCACUGCAAUACCAGCACUGCUAUUUCUGAUAUUUUUAGCAUGGAGAUUAAUAAGAACACACACCCUCACAAAGCAGAAGAAAAGCAAAGGAAAACUUAGUCCAGUGGCAUAACUAAGAGCUGUCCCUUGCCACAAAAUAUACUAGAGGUCUCCCUGGGAAUCUGGAGUUUUUCUUACUGUAUUUAGAUGAGUGUAAUGGAAAAUUAAUAAAACCAGUUCAGCUCUUUCUAAAUGGCAGAGAUGAGUUUGAGUAAUUUUUUUUUUUUCUUUUCUUUAACCAUCACUACUUAAUUCAGUAGUUAGCACUAGUUUUCUGCCUGCUACAGGUUUAAGGGAUUUUCCUCUCUGUUUCUCCUCUAUACUGGCAAGACCUUCUCAUCACCCCUCCACCAGGAAAAGAAGUAAUGAAAGAGCUUCUGGAAGCCAGAAGUGCUGAACUCCAGCAUGACCUCAAGCACUGCUAUUGCAAUAGUAGGGAUUUCCCUUUUAUGAUCCUUUUAUGAAUCACACAUCUUGUAGAAUUACCUGAUAGUAAAAGACCUGGCUGGUUAUCGAACUAUUAAAGCCUGAAUGGCACUAUCCAUAAAUAUUAUCAUAGUCAUCAUCCUGUGAUAGAAUAUUAUACAACUCCCAUUAUGACAAUCUUUCCUAAUGCAAUUUCUAAAACAUUUGGUGAUGAUGUUCUGAACACACUGAAGGCUUGGUAUACUUUAGUAAGCAUGAGUUCCUCCCUCUUGAACAAUAAGAAGUAGAAUAAUAAAAUAAUAUAAAGAAACAGAGCUGAAUGAGACCUCUUGAGAGAUUAAUUCCUCUUCCCAGGUACAAUACUAAUAGUUGACUGAUGUGCAAACAAAUUACUUUAAUAUUCUCCUAUGAUGGAUAUUCUGCAGCUUCUAUGGAUAGCCUGUUCUGGAGUUAUGCUAACUUUGCCACAUGUAAGCAUUUCUUUUUCCCUUAUAUGUUACCAGAAUAUAGGUAGCUGCAACUUAAGCUCACUGUUUCUCACCUAUCUUCGAUGACAAGGGGAAGUUACCCAUUCCCUAUGAUAGACAUGUCUACAUAUAUAGAUGCAUAAAAAUAUGUAUUAAAUGCAUGUAUGUGUGUACAUGAACACACUUCAAAGAAGAAAAUGUCCUUCUCUCAUACAUAUAUAUGUUUAUAUUUUGAUAUAAUGUUUAUAUUCAGCGAAAUGGUGGGAUUAACUAUGGAGUAUAAUUAUAAUACAGCUCAGAGGAGUAAAUCUGAAAAAUAGAAUGUAUAUUCAUGCAUUAUUCAAUAAUUAUCGAUGAAGUUGAUGUUUUUAUGUGUAUUGCUAUAUUGCCUAGGAGAUCUGGUUGAUAGGACUGAGCUUCGUUUUGUGCUGUGCAAACUCAUCAAAUGAAUUCCUGCCAUCCUGCUCAGACCUGCAUGAUAAACAUUAGCCUUAGCCACAUGCAAUCAGCGUUUAGUUUAUCAAGGUGUAGAUAGUAAUUGAAUAUUCAUAUAUGCUCAGAGCUUAGGAUAACAAAAAUAAGCUGUUGUCUUUUCAGUUUUUCCUUGGAUUAUGUAUUUCCCUCAUAGGCUCACAGCUAUUACCUGCAGAACUUUUUACUCACACUCAUUUUCCUUUUAAUAUGUUGUAACAACAACCCCCCCUUCCACCCCUCCAAAAAAAACAGCAGAAGAGUCUAGAACCACUUACUAAUCUGUUUGCGGCAGUUUUACACAAAGUAGCACAUACAUCAGUCCAUUUUACAUUUCUUACCCUAGCUCCUCAUUCACACUCCAUGGUGAAACCCACCAUUGCUUUAAAUGCUCUCUCUAAAACUGAAUGAGUGACCUGUCAUCAAAUCACCAGGGGAAAAUGGUUUGGUUAUUUAUAUAUAUGUGUGUGUGUGUAUGUAUUUAUAUAUACGUAAAUACAUACAUAUAGCUGGUUUCUAAUCAGAUCACUUCAGUAAUCCAGUACCUCAGCACAAAUGAAGGUUACGAAGAAAAACACCCAGGAACAGGGAAUGGGCAAGUUCUUUUUUAAACUGACUUCACUGCUGCAGGAAACAUCCACUUAGUAAACCACACCCCAGAUGCAGCCCCAGUUAUGUAAGUUAUCAUUCAGACCCAGUUCCUCAGGCACCCAGCCUUCCUGGAUCUGUCAGCCCCUCAGACUAUCAGUAAGUGCAGAGCGUUCCUACCUCUUCUUAGGCAGGGAAAGGGUAACAGCAAACCACAGAGCCAAAUGCAUGGCUUUCAGAAGCGAGAAGGAGCACACUGUCACAGAGUUGCACAGAUGCCACUGAGCUGAUGCUAACGGAGACAAGGAAGCUCAGAUGUGAGCUCUCCCCAGAUCCACCUGUUCUGUGACAGGCCAGAUUUCAAGGUAUGGGGCAACCCCACCUUCUCAUCUAGUCAGUGGGACCUAUGGUAUUGGCAGGCGUUCAGCGUCUGUAGAAAGCCUUUUAGGACUGAAAAAAAAUAUUGUUGUACUUUGUUUCUGUCUGCCUGCAGGUUACAAGCCUUGUAAGCAAGGAGCUGCCCAUUUGCACUUGAGAUCACAUCUGUAGGUUUUAGUUAGAGGCCCUAAGUUAAGUGUUUUAUUCAGACUUUUUCCAUUGUACAGGCUUUAGGAUGCUAUUUAAAGGUGCGAAUUAUGUGUUUGCAGUCAUUAAAGGUGGUCAGCAGUUCAAGCAGGAAGACCUCCAUAGCCUCAGUCUGCAGUUCUGACCCUUGCCCUGAGCAGGACUGGAUGAGAGCCUGUUAACACAGAGCUAUGCGAUUAUGUACCGAGAGCGAAACCUUUAAUUAAAGGAGAGAGAAGAAACAACUGCAGGGCAACACUGAGCCUCUCUCACUGCCGUUACAGUGCGGUGCGGUUGUAAGGGCACUGCCGCGGGCCCAGCAUGGCGCCUGCCUCCCUUGCACUAGCCUCAUGCCCGAGGGCCUUGCAGGCCACUCUGCUGGACCAGCAGCCUGGCCUCGCUGCCGCGUCCACAAGACAAGCUGCCCCGCUUCCAGCGGCACCCGGAGCCCGGUUGUGCGCGAAGAGAGCGCUGCGGCGCCCCCUGCCGGCGGCACGAGGAUCCGGCGGUGCCGGCGCUGCUGUUGUCACAUGUCGGAAAGUCCCAAGCGCUGACGGUGGAAAUCCCCGCUGGGGUUUUUUUUGUUGUUGUCUUUUUUUUUUUUUUUUUUUUUUUUUUUUUUUUUUUCCUGUCCAGGCGCUGAAACAGAAAGGGGAAAGAAAACAAGAGGCUGAGCUCAGCCCUUCAUUCCGCGGCAGAGGUAGCGGCGGCAGCAGCUCUGCAUCGGAGAGGGGGGCGGCGGACGGGAACGCGGCCAGGUCAACCCGGGCCUGCUGCCGGCCGCUCGUUGAUGGCGACCGAGCCCGGCUGCGUGACCUCGCCGCGGCCCGGCUGCUGAACGGCAUUCACCGGCGGAUCGAUCCCGUGCCCGGAGGAGCUCGCCGGUCGAGAGAUUUUGUCUAGGAACAUGGCUGGCCAACACAUCCUUCCUCAGGCUUUGUAUCAGAGCAACAUGCUGAAGGCUGUGAAGAUUAGAGAAAGGACACCUGAAGAUCUGGUCAGACCUCCCAGUGGAAUAAUUCACCACUUCAGGACUAUGCACAGAUACACUAUAGAAAUGUUCAGAAUGUGCCAGUUUUGCCCUCAAUUCCGGGAAAUGCUUCAGAAGGCCCUGACUGACCAAGCCACUCAGACUUCGCUGGAGCGCCAGAGGAAGCUGAACUGGUGCAUGGAGGUCAGGAGACUUGUGCCUUUGAAAACAAGUGGUGAUGGAAAUUGCCUCAUGCAUGCUGCAUCGCAGUACAUGUGGGGUAUUGAAGAUGUUGACCUCGUCUUAAGGAAAACUUUGUUUAGUGCACUCAGGGAGACUGACACACAGAACUUCAAGCUGCGCUGGCAGCGGGAGGCUAUUAAAUCCCAGGAGUUUGUGCAAACAGGACUCCACUUCGACACCCGGAACUGGGAGGACGAGUGGGAGUACCUCAUUGAAAUGACCUCCCCGGAAACAUCUGGGGCUCGAAACAGACUUCCUUAUAAUGCACUGGAAGAAAUCCACAUCUUUGUUCUUGCUAAUAUCCUCAGAAGACCAAUCGUUGUCCUUGCAGAUAAAGUUGUGAGAAGUUUAGAAUCAGGCUCCAGUUUUGCUCCUCUGAACGUUGGUGGUGUUUACCUGCCACUCCUUUGGCCAGCUGAAGAAUGCUACAGAUAUCCAAUUGUGCUCGGCUAUGACAAUAUGCAUUUUACACCACUUGUGACCCUGAAGGACAGUGGGCCAGAAAUCCGGGCUGUCCCUCUGGUCACCAGUGAACGAGGCAGAUUUGAGGAUUUGAACGUGCACUUUCUGACAGAUGCAGAGGAGAGGGAGAAGGAGCAGCUGCUGAAAGACUACUUGAUAGUCAUAGAAAUUCCAGUGCAAGGCUGGGAUCAUGGCACAACUCAUUUAAUUAAUGCUGCAAAGUUGGAUGAAGGCAACCUGCCCAAAGAUAUAAAUCUUGUGGAAGAUUACUUUCAACUGGUGCAGCAUGAGUACAAGAAAUGGCAGGAGCAUGGUGAACCUGCCAGAAAAGAGGCCUGCUCCAGGAACAGACAGGAACUGUCUUUUUCCCAGCUCUCCCUUUUACAGGUGAAAUGUGAAACUCCAAACUGCCCUUUCUAUAUGUCUGUGAACACCCAGCCCUACUGCCACGAGUGCUAUGAGCGGAGGUCACAAGGAAGCAAAGGAAGAAAGCAGGUCUCUGAAGCAGCACCUGAGAAACUGAAAGCAGCUGGGUUGGGCUGCGGUAAAGCUUGUGAACCUGGGGGGUGGAUGUCUGAGGAGGCUGUAACAGGGCCUCGCUCUGCACCCCCAACUGCUCCCAGCCUUUUCCUCUAUAGUGAAACCACUGCCAUGAAAUGCCGGACUCCAGACUGCCCCUUCACCUUAAAUGUGCAACACAACGGACUUUGUGAACGCUGCUACAAUGCCAGACAGCUUGCUCCUUGUAAUAAUUUAGAUGACCAGAGAUGCUUGGACUAUGCCACGUGUAAAGUCUGCCUUCAGAAGGCCAAUAGGACAUUUAAUGGCAUAUGCAGCACUUGUUUCAAAAGGACUACAGAGCGCUCCUCGAAUGGCAGCCCUGGUUUUGUACCCACGUGCCAUCAGAGAUCUACAUCUGACCCAUCCCAGAUCCCACAGAGCCUCCUUCAGCAUUCCUGCCAGCAAGCUCCCAACAACAAUUGUGAUGAGCUGCCGUUGGCUGCACUGCCUCAUGCCCCACACACUUUGGAAGAGAAGAAGGGAAGUAAGCUCUGCAGGAAGCCUGGCUGCAAGUUUUUUGGAACAGCUCAGAAUGAGGGCUUUUGCACGCUGUGCUUCUUUGAAUACAGGGAAAACCAUGACAGUGCUUCACUACGCCAUCAGAGGAGAUCUCAGAGGAAUUCCUCAGCAGCUGGUCAACAGGGGAGCUCAGCUGCCGCUUUCCACAAUAUGUCUUGCCAGCAGCAGAACUGUGGCACCCUGGGUAGCACCAUGCUGGAGGGCUACUGCCAGAACUGUUUCAUUAAAGCCCAGAGCCAGCGAUUUCAGGAAGCCAGAAGGACAGAAGAGCAGCUAGUGAGACAGCCUGAAAGAACAGGACAGCGCAGAGAUCUACAGCGAGCAGCACUGACUAGCCAGAAGAGACAGUGUGCUGUGGCUUCGUGUCGAAACAACCUGGCCUGCAGAAGCAGUGAGCUGUGCCAGCAGUGCCAGCGCGUUGGCCAGCUUGUGCAGCUGGGGGGUCCCAGGGAGCCAGCCACAGAUGAGCCUCCGAAGCAACGCUGUCGAGCCCCUGCUUGCGACCACUAUGGUAAUAACAAGUGCAAUGGUUAUUGCAAUGAAUGCUACCAGUUCAAACAGAUCUACGGCUAGCAGAGAGGAAGAGUUGGUAAAGAAGAAGAAAGCGAUACCAGCUCCUUCCUAAACUGAAAUGGUGCUAUGUCCAAAACACUUAUCAGUCCUGGGAGCAGGGGCUAGGGGGGAAAUGUAACCUGUCUGCCCAUGUUCCUGUUUAUUCCCAAGAAUGGGAAUAAGUAUGUACUUCCUCUAAACACUGCAUACAAGAACUGCUAAGGAGGGCCAGUUGCUUUCUGCACAAAGCUGUCUUUCAUGAAUAAGCUCCUGUCAUGCUGUAUUUAAUUCUUGGACUUUUCAGUUGGAAGUUUGAAGCAUUUCAUUCCAAAGAGCUUCCUGAUUCUGCCUCUUUCUCAGUACCUCCCCAGCACCCAUACAAGGAGGACUCACAGCUCAUCUCGUCGGUGUGGGAAAUCUGUAUUGAUGUAUGCUGGUCAGAGGCAAGUCUUUGCUGAGAGAGAUCCCCCAGGACAGACUGGUGUAACUUGCAGUCAAAACAGAGUGAGGUUGUCUGAAGAAACUUGCUUUGGUUUGCUCACUUCUUGCUUCUGUUUUUGUGGAACUCAGCAAGUCUGGAGCUUGUGCGGGCGUUUGGUAUGGUAUCAGUGAGUGGUUCUGGGAUUGCAGAGCCCUUGGCAAACUGCAAUCUUAAACAAGACAAGUAGUGGUCAGCAUUUAGAUCCUUUCCCAAAAUCGAAGACAGCUGGACAGAUAAAGUGAUGACAGAAGUAACUUUUACACAUUUGUGAUGGAAAGUCAGAAUCCUGCAGUUCCCCUCACAUGUGGAAGGAAUUGUCUCCAGUAGAAGAAAAAACAGACACAAAAGCUGUUCAUCUUAGGCAUCUUCAAAUUUUGAAGCCAAAGCAACUUUCUUCUCUGUCACUGUCAGAAAUACACAUGCUGCUGUUCACACCCCCACUCCCUAUUUCUCUCUCACUUUUUUCUGUUAUCCUUAAUGUGAUUCUGACAUUGUGCCUAACAGCUUGGAGCUUGGCAAUGGGGUGCCUUAGGAUCGAGACUUUACUUCUGGAGUUCACGCAUUUACUUCUCAAUCUGCAGUACUUCAGCAAAUUUACCUUUACUGUUGUGCCUGAUACCCUCUUAUCUCCUUUCAUACCUUUUAAGUUUUCAGUAUCUAUUUUGCUGCUGCUGUUUUGGGGGUGAUACCUUUUCUAAUUUCCUUAUCAAGCUUAGAAUCUUUUUUUCUAGAUAUUAAAAAAAAAAAAAGAAGCAAAAAAUUAAAAUAACUCAACUUGUUUCUGUUAAAUUUUAUAUAUUUUUAAUGUUAAUGUGAACAUAUGUUUAUUAAAAUAUUUAUAUUAUUUCAAACAAUGCAACUUGAAAUUUGCACAUCUAGGAUUUUUUUACGUAUAUUUACUCUUGUGUUGAAAUUUGCAAACUUAAAUGUAUGAUUGAAAAACAUUCUCAGAUAUAAAGAAAUAAAUUAUUGAAGGAUUGAAUUUGGUAUUUUAUAUUGAUGGAAGGGAGCACAGUUGAGCACGUCACCUACUGCAAAAGGAUUUCUAUCUAGGAUGACCAAUGAGCAUGUCACUGAUGUCCUCUGUUUCAGGUUGUGUAGCCAAGUAUUUUCAGAAGGCAGUAGCUUGUGAAUCUCUGCAGUCUCUCAGUACCUCAUUGUCCUCUUAGGAAGAGCUCUUGGUACUUUGUGAGACACCAUGCAGUCAGUGUACAUCAGGACUUAGCUUGUGUGUGUACUCAGUUUUCUGUUUCUAGAGCUCAGUGCAGCCGAGUAAGGAUGGGGCAGGACCAGGCUGCAGGGGAAGCUAAGCCAGGCAGACUUAACUUUUCUUUCUUCAUUCAUCCUCCAGUUACCCCAAGGAUUCCCAGCUGGCUUGAGUGCCACUCUGGGAGGUGGUGAUGGUCAUGAGAGCUCCCCAUAUGUGCAGGAGCAAAGGCUCAGGCUGGCCCUGCUAUCUCCUCUCUCUGGGAGAAGCAGGGAAGGCCUUCAGUUUUUUGGUCUUGGCAUCUGACUUGCUCAGAAGCUCCUGAUAAGCAAGUUGCUAAUUGUUUAGAUGAAAAAUACCUGAAAGGGUUAUUUUCUUGUCAUUGCAAGUUCAUCCAAACCCAGCCAGGCUUCCAGGGGCUUUCUGAGCUGUAACACUCCCUCAGCAGAGCCUGAGGAUGCUUGCAAUAUUGGUGCUCCAAUAUUUCAGGCCUCUGCCUAAACAGGCAGUACUGCAUCCCACCCUGAAUUCUAGAUGCUGCCCACAGUCUGAAGGGAAAAGUAGAAGAGGCUGCAAGCCUCUCUGUGUGCUCUGACAGAGGAAUCUCUCCUAAGAGGUGAUCCUGCCCACCCUGUCUCCUAGUGGGCUGCUCGCUGCCCUCAUCGGCCUUUCAUUCUUCAUUCAGGAGCAUGCUUUAGCACAUGCUUCAGUACCUUCCUACUUGAAACCACAAAGGUGCUAUAUUCUCAGGUACGUUUGUGAUAGCUCAGCUAGUGUUUGUAAUUCUCACAGCUCACUCACAUUCCUGAGUUCCUGCCAAUCUUCCUCAUACAUAGUUCAGCUCACCUCCCUUUGGAUGGUGUGCCACGUCCUUUCAAAGCAGACAGCCUGAAGUCUGUCUGCUCCCUCAAGGCAGAGCCUCUCAGGCCGACCAACCCAAUCCCUACAGUGUGUUCCUAUUCUUCAGAUUCUGACAGGGGAGCUGGGAAGGGGGAAGUUGUUUAGCUCUGCUUGCCACUGACUGCAGCCUCUGCACAGAAGGGUUUCACCUGAAAUGCCUGAAUCCCCUUGAUUUUCUGCUGCUUUCCAGGCCUGUUUGUCAUAACUUUGAAGUCACGUGUGGCUCAUCUCGUUCUGAAGCUCAUAUGUAAAUGAGUGCCCAGCCUGUCUCUUGUGACUGACUCGUGUGGGAACUUUAAAGAUAUUAGUGCCUUUUUUUUUUUAAUACUUUGGUAUUUCCCUAAUGCCCUGAGGGGAUUUUGACCCUCUCGUGCUUUCUGUUGUCUGCACAGCUCCUCAAGUAUUUUUUUCCUUCCUGUUCUGUAGGAGGGAACUUUCAUUUGGAUUCUCCCUUUUUGAGACCACUUAGAGAAAGAAGCCCCUUUGCUGAGACACCAGUGUUUCCUAGAUUCUUUUUUGGGUGGAAAUUCCUUAUGACAUGGUACAGGAAUGGAAUGUUUUUGCAGGCUGUGCUUACGUGUUCAUUAAUAAAAUGAAUCCCUAAAUAAAGGAAUACUUGUAGAUAGACUCAGUAAUUCUUCCUGACUGAGAAGAUAGAUGAUCUAAAUGUUAUCUGUUAGGCAAAACAUGGGCCUUUGGAGCAGGAGUAAUGCACAGUGACACAGCCAGUGGCCUGUGAUCUGAAGAGUGACAGGCCAGCUGAAGCCAUGUUCUGGCCACAGAUCUACAUUAACAUGUUCCAAACUUCCCAUGGGGAAUGGCCCUGGGCUAGGCACCAGGGCAGUUCACAAGGACACAAACCAGUGAGCUGAAGUGGUCUUAGGACUCAGCACCCAUAGCUUGGGUCAGCACCCCUAAGAUACCUCAAUGCUGUGGUUGUAAAUUAGAAGUGCAUGCUUAAAGCAAAUUCUUGGGAAUUGUUGUCAUUUCUUCUGGGAGAAAGAAACUGCAGCUGCUCAACAGAAUUGAUAUCCAUCUCUUUUUUUCCUAUAGCAGUAGUUCCCAAGGUUUUUGGAUUAUGGAUCAGCGUGUCACUGGUACAUUUUCAGUGUCUAAAAUAAAGCAUUGGUAACAAUUUCUUUGGCUCACACAUUGCUCAGUGUUGCAAAUGCAGCUACACAGCUCUUCAGCUAAGUCUCAGUAACGUCAUCUGGAGCUGUAGUUUGGCAACUUUUUGCGCCAAAAACCAGUUUUAACAUCCAUAUCUGGGAUGGCCCAUACACUGACAGUGGUAGGAAUAGGAGAAAAGGCAGUUCAGCAAUUUGGAUACACACAUUAAAAAGAUCCCAGUGAGACUCAAGCUCUCUGGAUACAUUUAGGAAUCUUUCUCACCCAGGAUUGGGUGAGAAAGCUCUAACCUUCUCUUCCAUACAGGUGCAACAGGGACUUUCAAGUGGCUAUGUGAAGGAGGUCUACUUUUCUGAAAGAAGUAAAAAUGCUUGCUUGUUUAAUCCUUGUAAAAUAAGUGGCUUAGCAUAGUGAUAUGAUGCAAGUUUUGCAUGGGGGGAAGAGCAGUUAUGUAAUUUUAUCCAGCAUACUUGAAUAGGACACAAUAGUAUAAUAUGCAAAACACUGAAAAAGAAAACCACAAUGCUGAGCAGUUAAGAUUUCAGCUUAAAAUAAAUAUGAAAUAAGAAAGAACACUUUUCAGUUGCCUGUAUUUAAUGAGCAGUGCAGCAAACUUGUUCCUGGUGGGAGCAGGUUCAAUGUGCUCACAUGAGCUUGGUCAGUAAUCUCUGUGCUGCUGCUGUCUCCCAUAUUGGUGAUAAACACUGGUAAUACCAACACUCGCCUUGUUCAGAAGAGUUGGAAGCACAGGAAGAAAGAGAGAAUGCUCAGAAGAGACUUAACUGAGCUGCCACUUUGUUAAUUCCCCUUGCCUUGGUCAGCUGUGGUUAUUUUGGAGAAGCCCACCAUAGUCUUCCCAAGGAGUAGUGGAGCUGAGCUGGUCAGUCCCCUGCAGUCCCCUUAUGCCCUCUGCCACUUCCUCUGCCAGUGAGCUGCUGCUAUAGGCAACCUGAUGAGCACAGUGCAGCAGCAUCUCGAGUUACCAAGACAGUCAUUAAAAAAAUAAAAAAAUCCUUCAUGUACAUAUAUUAGAACGUCUUUAAUGUUGGUCAAACAGAAACCUGAAAUAAGAGCAGGUAAUUUUGCUUGGGAGUUUUAUGAUGACAUCUUUUUGUACUGAUGCUAAUUUUCAAAAAACUCCCUGUGUCUAAUAAUGAAAGACAGCCUACGGCGUGCUAUGCAGACUGCCCCCUCCUCCGGCCUCACUAAACUGAGCACUGUGUACGUAAUCUCUCCCCCUCCCACUACCCUUGAUCUCUGACAGCAAUGAUUCUUUCUGUUAUUUAUUCGUGUUUUUCCUCCCCACACUUUCUUUUUUUUUUUUUUU